AUGGCCCCCAGCGGUCUAGUAAUCACCAAGCUCGCCGCUCAAAUCUCCGCAGAUGAUGAGUUGGCGCAUACUCUGCUCUGCCUAAAAAUCAGCUUACCCCGCGAUGUCGACCACAAACAGACGGGUCGAUGGGUACUACUCAGCAGUGGCGGACACAGGCUCGUCUCUGAGCCACAGAUCCAUUCCCUUCCCCUCGCACCUACAAUCGUUUUUCAGGCAGACCAGAUACGCACCGCCGCCCUCCUUCUCUCCCUUUCACCCGAAUCGUCAAAGUCACUCGACCAGCCUGGUACCCGGCCCGCGAUAGACAUUGACGCAGCGAGUGGUCAAGUCUACAUCUCGGUCGAUCAUCCGGCACCUCGAAGAAGGCGAGAGAGCGUAGCUCUGGCAUCACCUGGCGUAUCCGGAGGAAGAAGGGAGUUCCUGGUCGUUCUGGAGCUCGAGCAAGAUGUGGAGGAUGCUGGAGGCUGGUUGAAGCUCAAUCUGACUACACCUAAAUGUCUUGACAACAUCCUUCGCUUCCAAUGCCUUCCCCCACGAGCGUCCUCGUCAACAUCGAAUGGCGAGGUCAGCAUCGUCACCGAACCGAAGAUCCUCCCUGUACCCGCCUCAACCUUCUCGCCAAGCUCAAAGUCAAGGCCGACACGCGCCAGGAAAGUAGAAGAGGACGAGUGGGAGGAUGGGGAGUCGUUGGGUCCGGAGGAUAUCGACAGCGAUAGUAGCGAGGAGGAAGGGAGCGGGAAUUGGCUCGAAGGCAGAUUCCAAAGCACCGAGUCUCUACGCCUGGAAUGGUCUUUCGGAUCGACACUCUCGGCCAUACCAUCUCUACACCUUCUACACCUUACUCCCAAGUGGGACACCCGCCAUCCCUAUAUCGAAGUCGACUAUCAAGCGACGCUCUCGCCAGGAUCGUAUCAACCCUUCGAAGUUGAGCUUCCCAACGGGUGGGGCUGGUCGGACCUGCAGAUCGAGGGUGAUGGUCUCGCUGCUUGGUACUGCCGAGACAGCGACUGGUGGGAUCCGCUCCUCUGCGCCGCCUCCCCCGCAGCAGAUCCCAACCUGUCGGACACAACGGACCGACCGGACGAGGACUCCUUUGCCACUGUCCGGGCUCGGAAGAACCUUCCUCUCGCUCGGACACUCCCCUCUCUCUCACGCUCAGGCUCAGGCGCAAGUCUCAUGCGCCAGCCCCUUCCUCAGCCUGAUCCUAGCUUUGACGAGUUCUCCUUCGAGCUCAGCAAUGCGCCGGCACCCGUCACGCCGGCGAGUCUGCGCAAGAAUGCCCUGCUCUCUCGUUCGGUCGACAAGGCCCCGUUGGCGGUCUCGCUUGCUCGCCCGGCGCCUGGUCGGUCGUUCGAGCUGGUUUUCGCGGAAGACACGGAGGAGGCGAAUAUCAGGAUAUCUGGAAAGCUCGUUCCGCUUUCCAGAAAUCUGCUCGUGUCGCCCUCGGUCCCCAUCGCCGUCCCAGUCUUCCACAUUGGCGAGCAUACGGCCCAAUGCCAUUUGACCUACCCAAACGCGGCGGCACAGCUCAUCGGCACCCAAAGCUCCCCCACCUUCUCCUGGCCGGACGUCCCUUCACAUCGUCCCCUGCCGGUCCAGGGAGAAAUCGCCAUUUCGCUCCCCUUCCCGACCACGUCAGCGUCGACGAUGACGGUGUCGUUCCCUUGGCCGAAACCGGCGACCGAGGUUGGGUUCUUCUUCGCGUCCGCUGCAGAUGCGGCGGACGGGGUCAAGAUCGCCAAGGCGACGAUGAGGGGCCGGGCUCUGCCGCGGGCGGCGGUGAUGCGGAAGGAUGGAGUGGAAGUGCGGAUAGGCAAGGGAGAAGGAGGUGUAGAGGGGGCCUGUGUCGUCGUGCUGGAGAUACCGAGCGAGGGGGUCGAGUUGCCUGUAUUUCCGGGAGCGACGGGGCGGAUGAUGGUGGAUCUCGCAGGUCGGAAGUGGGAAACUGUCGCGAUCCACUCCAAUCUCAUUCGAGAUACGGCCGCAUCAUAUUCUGCCAUUCUUCCCAUCGCCCAUCCAUAUCUCACAUACACCCAUCAUACACCCACCAUGGAACAGGCCCAACCCGCCAAGUCAGGCCCAUAUCGCGCCAUCUGGUCCUGGUCGACCCUCAUCAACAUCUUCAUGCUCUACCUGCUCCUCUCGCUCGCUCAGCAGCUACAGCGGAUGCGGACCGAGGUAGCGUUCAUCACGGAGGAAACGAAGGAUCUUCGGCUGUACCAUACCUGGAAUGAGGAGCGUUUGCGCGAAGCGGCAUACACGCCCAGAUGGGAGCAAGGGGCGGGUGUUGGGCGGGAGGAUACUACGGUGCAGGGUCCGGGCAGGAAGGUGGCGGAGAAGCUGGAUCAUAUGGGGGACGAUCUGAAGUGGGAUCGAGGUCAAGGCGGAGCUUGGGAUCGGGAUCAGCAGGAUACAUCUCUGGGCAGGGUGGUUGUCGGUCAUACGGACUGGGUAUGGGCGCGAUGGGUCAGACAUCCAACUGUGCAGACGCUCAGCAAGAGCUUGGGGUGGAUAUGGCACUCGCUGGUCUGGACGCUUACUAGAUAG